AUGUCCACCGCCAACUCGGCCGCCGCGGCCGGCUACCGCGGCUCGCCCCUCGGCGGCGCCGGCUCGGCCUCGGCCAUGAGCGACUCGACGGACACGCGCAAGCGACAGAGCAAGAAGGACGAGGCGAUCCGCAAGAAGAUCGAGGCCGACCUGCUGCGCAAGUCGGGCAAGGCCGCGCCCUCUACGCCCAGCGGCGGCCGCCGUGGCGCACGCAAGGCAGCCCGUCCCGCCGCCGUGGCAGGCACCGUCUCUGCGCUGCGCCCGCUGCCUGCACUCACCGUGCCGCAGAGCAUCAGCGUUGCCGAUGCGUCUCAGCUGUGCGCCGCCAAGCGCACCGACUGCGUGCUGGUUGUUGACGAUGAUGAGCACCUGGCGGGCAUCUUCACGGCCAAGGACCUGGCGUUCCGCGUCGUCGCUGGCGGUCUCGAUGCGCGCACCACGCCCGUCUCGGCCAUCAUGACGCGUUCGCCCAUGGUGACGCGCGACACCACGUCUGCCACCGAUGCGCUCAACACGAUGGUCACGCGUGGCUUCCGGCAUCUGCCAGUGUGCAACGACGAGGGCGACGUAGUGGGCCUUCUCGACAUCGCCAAGGUCUUCUACGAGGCGCUCGAGAAGCUUGAGCGCGCGCAUGGCUCUUCGCAGAAGCUGUACACUGCGCUUGAAGGCGUGCAGAGCGAGUGGGGCGCCGGCGUGAGCGGCGGACCGGCCUCGUCGAACCCGAUGCUGGCAUACGUCGAGGCACUGCGCCAGAAGAUGUCGCUGCCCGAUCUCACGACGAUUCUCGACUCACGCACGCUGCCCUGUACCGUCGGCGUGCGCACGACGGUGCGCGAGGCGGCACGCAUGAUGAAGGAGCACCACACCACUGCGGUGUGCGUCAUGGAGAGCGGCGGAGGACCGGGCCAGGGCACGAUUGGAGGAGGCGGAGUGGUGGCGGGCAAGAUUGCGGGAAUCUUCACUAGCAAGGACGUCGUGCUGAGAGUCAUUGCGGCGGGACUGGACCCCAAGACUUGCAGUGUCGUGCGCGUCAUGACGCCCCACCCAGACACGGCACCGCCGAGUCUGAGCAUCCAGGAGGCGCUGCGCAAGAUGCACGACGGCCGCUAUCUCAACCUUCCCGUUGUGGACGUCGACUCGCGCCUGGUCGGUGUCGUCGACGUGCUCAAGCUCACGUACGCCACGCUGGAGCAGAUCAACAGCAUGAACGAAGAGUCGGGCGGCGAGGGCGGCGGGCCCAUGUGGAACCGCUUCUGGAACUCCUUCGGGCAGACCGGCAGUGCAGCGGGCGGCGGAGGCGACGACAACGAGAGCGCCAUGAGCGGCAGCCAUCGGCCCUCGGAGAUGCACGAGCCGCAGACGCCGAGCAAGUACAACCCCUCCGCCGACAUGUCGAGCGAUCUGCACCCCAAUGAUUCUGCGAGCGCAGUGGGCGGCACGCGUGCCAACGACGAUGCCAUGUCGGGCGUCAACUACCCGAGCGGCAUCGCUCCCGCCGCAGCUGCAGAGGUGGACGACGGCACGUAUCUCUUCAAGUUUGUCACGCCUUCCGGACGCACGCAUCGCUUCCAGGCGCGCUACGACAGCUUCGAGACGAUCCGAGAGAUUGUCACCAUCAAGCUGGAGAGCGACCCGUUCUUCGAGGAGCUGCCUGCGCCGACAGUCGCGGAGCCGGCAGAGGGAGAAGAAGCGGCGCCGCAGCCGCCGAAGCCCAGCGCGCCGGACGCAAACGACUUUACGCUGGCGUACACGGAUGACGAGGAGGACGUCGUGCUCAUCACUGCCGACGGCGACGUUCUCGACGCCGUGCAAGUGGCGCGCAAGCAGGGCCGCGACCGCGUCGUUCUUCUCCUCCAAGGCGGUCGCGGCUGGGAGGAAGCCGCCGCACGCGUCGGCGCUCCCGCCGCCUCCACCACGUCCGCCAACCUCACUGCAAACAGCGCCUCGAAGCAGCGCAAGGCGCGCGAAGCAGCCGAGGCACAACUGCAGUCGGUGCAGGAGGAGGAAGAGCGGGAGCAGGAGGCCGAGGUGGGAGAGAGGGCGCCGACGAACGCAAAGAAGGUGUCGCGCACGAACAAGAACAAGGAGGAGCAGGAGGUGCUCUUUGGCUUCUUGCCCAAGGAUCUGGCCCUGCCCGCGGCGAUUGGAUUCUUGGGCGUCGCGGUGCUUGUCGGCAUCGUGGUGGCCAAGCCCAAGUAG